AUGGCGCCGCCGCCGCUCAAGCGCCUGAGGCAGACCGGCGACCUGCGCCUCACGGCCGAGAUCGACUAUGCCAAGCUCCUCCACGCGGCCCAGGUCCUCGAGGAGUCUUCGAACUUCGCCUGCUGCCUCAGCGGCGACCGCGGGAGCGUCUGCGCCGGCUCGAGCGCGGGCGUCGUGACGACCUGGGACUUGAUGGCCGAGGGGCGGCCCGUCGCCGCGACCUGGGACGCGGGCGUCGGCGCGAUCUACGACAUGGCCGUAAACGGCGACGUCGUCGUCCUCGGCGGCGACCGCGGCCUCGGCGUCGCGGCCGCCCUCGACGUCGCCGGCGGCGGGCCGCCGGCGCGGCGCCUCGCGGCGGACGCGGCGCCCUUCCGCAACGGCGCGACGCCGCCGACGGCCGAGGUCAACGGCGUCGCGCUGGACGGCGGUGCGGCCUGGGCCGGCGGCGGCGACGGCUUCGUGCGACUUUGGGAUUUGGAAGCGGGCACAUGCACACAGUCGACGCGCGCGCACGGCGACAUGGUGCUCGGCGUCUGCCUCGCGCGCGAGGCCGGCGUGCUCUGCAGCGUCUCGGAGGACGGCACGGCCGCGUUCGUCGACGGCCGCGCGCCGGGCGUCGCGCGGCGCCUGCCCGCGGGCGCGACCGUCGCGGCCGCCGUCCGCGACGCGGACGCGGCGAGCCUGCCCGCCGGGGCCCGCGGCUGGUGCGGCGCCGUCCACGUGGACCCGACGGCGACCUGGGUCACCGUCGCCGGCGGCCUCGACGCCGACGCGGCCGCGCGCGCGCGCCGCGGCGCCGCGGCGCCGCCGCCGGGCGGCUGGCUCGCGACGCUCCACGCGCCGACGGGCGCCGUCGUCCGCGGCGGGGCGACGCCCGCGGCCGUGCGCUGCAUGAGCGCCGACGAGUCCACGCUCAUCACGGGCGGCGACGAGGCCGCGGUCUCCUUCUGGUCCCCGAACGCCGCGCAGGCCGGCUGCGCGCCGCGGCGCCGCCAGCGCGUCGACGUCCCCGCGGUCUACGCGCUCUGCGUCGCCCACGACCUCCCGGACCUCCUCGAGGACUGCGGCAUCGCGGACGACGACGACCUCGGCGCGGCCAGCGUCCUCUUCGCCGCGGGCGCCGCGCCCGUCGUCGACAUGGGCAACAACUGGACGAAGGAGGACGGCGACUUCCAGCCCAUCGAGGGCGAGCGGGGGAACCGCAAGUACCAGCGCGAGGGCGUCGGCGUCGGCGAGCAGGCGCACCGCGACGGCGCGCCGGGCCGCGACUACCGGAGCCCCGGCGUGGGCGCGAGCCCCGGCGACUACCGGGGCCCCGGCGGCGGCCCCGGACGGCCGCCGCCGCCGCCGCCGGGCGCCGCGAGCGAGGCCGCGACGCCCACGGGCCUGCAGGCGCCGGGCCAGGUCUUCCCGGCCGGCGCCGGGGGCGCCAAGCCCAUGGACGUCGACGGCGGCGGUGGCGGCGCCGCGCCGCUCGACGACGACGACGACGAGGUGCCGACCGUCUUCCGCUGGGAGCACGGCGGCCGCGUCGUCUACGUGACGGGCACCUUCAACAACUGGGACAAGCAGAUCCCCAUGCACCGCAGCGGCAACGACUUCACCUACAUCCACAACCUGAAGAAGGGGAAGCACGCGUUCAAGUUCGUCGUCGACGACGAGUGGCGCUUCGCGCCCGACCAGCCGACCGUCGCGGACAUCGAGGGCCGCAUCAACAACUUCAUCGACGUGUCGGACUUCGACGCCUACACGGGCGACGAGAACUUCCUCCUGCGGCGGACCAAGUCCGUCGGCGGCGAGCUCUACACGCGCGAGAUCCCCGACCUCGACGAGUACACCAAGGACCCGCCGCCGCUGCCGCCCCACCUGCGCCACAUCAUCCUCAACAAGGCGCCGCCGUCCAACGACCCCAACGCGCUCCCCGUGCCCCAGCACGUCGCGCUGAACCACCUCUACUGCACGGCCAUCAAGGACGGCAUGAUGGUGCUCGGCGUCACGCUGCGCUACCGCCAGAAGGCCUGCACGACCGUCUACUACAGCUGCUCGUGACGGGGGAACCCCUUAAACGUACUCGGGAU